CUUUAAAAAGUUUCAAGUCAUUAUUCUCUCUACCGCUAUUCAUCCCGGGUCCCGUUUGCUCAUUGUUAUUCUGCCCGAGUGAGUGAGUGAGUGAAUGAGAGAGGAAGAAAGAGAGGGAUAGUGAGCGAGAGAGUGAACGGGAGUGUGAACGGGAGUGAGGACAUUGUGAGAGAAAAGGAGAGUGGUAAAGAGAGACAGAGAACGGAAGAGACCUGAGGCUUCUAACCGUAGGGAGUUUGAUGCAGCGGUCGGGGUUUAUUCGCGGUGAAUUUUCUGUCCGGGUGGUGCGUGAAGGCAUGUUGCUAAUCGGCUCAACAGUGAGUAGAGGUACAGAACGGCACCAAAAGUCUGACGCCGAUUUGUGUGAGUAAAAAAGAAGAGCGUGAGAGACAGAGAACGAAGGCGGGGGGGGGGUGAUUGAGAUUUAGUGCACUGCUGGGUGAAACAACCCCCCACUAACGAAGGGGAAAGCAAUAGAAGAAAAGAAAUACAAAAGGCAAACGGCGUUUCGGUCAUCUGUUUUUUUUUCAACAAUGAGCUCAGAAAAGGGGACUUCAGUCUGCUGUUGUAAAGCCUAAUACCCUCAGAUACAGGGGAGGAGACUACAAUACAUAAACAUUCUGAAACACCAUGUCUCGUUCAGACGAGGUCAACAAGAUGACAGAAAACGUGUAUAAGGGGAUUCUGGACCAGUUCAACCCCAGUCUGAAGAACUUUGUGACCAUGGGGAAACACUAUGAGAAAGCCCUGACAGGAGUGACGGUAGCAGCCAAGGGAUACUUCGAUGGUCUGGUCAAACUGGGAGAACUGGCCAGCGACAGCCAAGGGUCCAAAGAACUGGGAGACACGUUAUUCCAGAUGGCCGAGGUGCACAGGCAGAUUCAGGUUCAACUGGAGGACGUGUUGAAGCUGUUCCAUUCUGAGCUGCUGUCCCAGUUGGAGCAAAAGCUGGAGUUGGACAUUAAAUAUCUUACCGCCACGUUGAAGAAAUAUCAGAGUGAGCGCAAGUCGAAGUCAGAAUCUAUCGUGCGCUGCCAAUCACAGCUCAAGAAGCUGCGCAGGAAGAGCCAGGGCAGUCGCCACCCCAACAAGUACGGAGAUAGGGAGAUGCAGUAUGUGGAGCUAAUGAGUCGUCGUCAGGCUGAGCUGGACACGCUGGUUGCUGUGGGUUACCGCUCGGCACUGACUGAGGAGAGGAGACGAUACUGCUUCCUGGUGGACCGCCAGUGUUCCGUUACCAAGCUGCUCAUCAACUAUCACUGCAAGGUGAGAGAGCUCCUGUCACAGAAGCUGUCCUCAUGGCAACAGUCAUGCUCCCAGCCAACCAGACUACCUGAACGGGCGCUCAACCUGCUGCGUCACACCGCCCCUCAGGGCUCUGGGGCAUCUGGGAUAGCUGAGCUCCUCCGACAUGCCAAGCUGGGCGCUGCACAGCCAGAACAAAGGCUGUCAGUACAGGAGGUGCCUCCCUUGUUGAAUGGUGGCUCCCAGCAGCAGAGACCCAUCCCCUCUUCUUCCCAGAGUGACAUCCCCCCUCCCCAACAUUCCCCCGGACCCCAGACCUUCCGCUCCCUCGCUGCCACUGGAGGUGCUAUUGGAGGGAGUGGGGCAGGCUCCCCUCAGCAGACCAGCACACCUAUUAGUGCCUCAGCUAGCCCCAAUGCUAACAACAACACAAGUGAUAAUGCUAUCACUAGUGCUAACACUCCCAUCACCUCAUCCACCUCCUCCACGGUUGGCUCCAGCCAAGCCCAGCAGACCUCUCUUCUCCUGGCCACCAGCACCUCCAGCCUUUCUCCUAGUCUGAUCCCCUCCACUGUGCUUUCUCUCAGCCAGGGUUCCCCAUCCUACUCCUCCCUACAGGGCCUGGCCCUGCCGUUGUCCCUCAGUGCCCCUCACAGUCCUCCACUACCCCACAGUGCACCUCUCUCCAGAGCCAUAACCCCCUCGCUGCACCACCAGGGAGUGCUAGGAGGAGGGAACACACCAUUGCUGUCCCAUAAUCCCAUGCUGAUGAAGGCAGCGGAGAUGUAUGGAACGUCUACGCUGCCGUUGCCAAGGAGACCAGUCAGUGAGGCCCGGGUGGGAGGGUUUAUGGGUUCCACUCUGCCCAGAGACAGAGUUCUCCCUCUCUCCAGCCCGUCUCGUGUGGAAGCCAUAUUUGCCCACGCUCCUGUGGGUUCAGAGGGCAGUGGAGUGGGCGGGGCCUGUUUACUUCACUUCCUGCCAGGUGACGCUCUCAGCCUCCUCAUCUCUGAGCCCAGAGAUGGGUGGCACUAUGGCCAGAACGAAAGGACGGGACGGAAAGGCUGGUUCCCUUUCUCCUACACUCAGCCCUACCCCAACACCUUGGAUCCCCUCGACAGCAGCUCCCCGCUCCUCUCUAAGGUCAACAGUACCAGUACGGGUCAGUUAGAUAAGCUGGUCUCCCCUGGCCUGCCUGCCCUGACCCCUGAGUCCGAGGAGGAGCGCUCAUUCCCCCCUCAGAGGGUCAGCACCUUCCGCCCGCGCCCAUACAGCAUGGCCGACUCCAACCAGGUCAGCCUGAGGCCGAAGGUCAGAGGUGAAGGGGUAGAGUGGGCAGGGCCCCCUGACCGACCGGCUCUGUCAAUGCUGAUGCAAGAGCUCUCCUCAGACUUCACCUCUCCUCCACCCUCCCCAACCUGGACCAACCCAUUUGCCCAUGUCCGGCUCAGAAAGACGGUGACCAACGAUCGCUCUGCACCCAUCAUCGAAUAGAACAUGGUCUCCUUGAACAGGCAUCCAAUGGAGAGGUGUUAAUAGGAAACAUUCAUGUGUUUUGAAUUUGUUUUCAGAGUCCAGUAACUGUUGGUUGAGUUCUCAACUGUUGAGCCUUAAGAGAAAGCCUUAACAGGCGAUGGUUUUGGGGAGGAGAUUCUCCCAGCAAGUAUCAGUUUAGCUAGCUAACUUGUAACUAGUUAGGUAAACCUUUCUGUUCAUGUUGGUUAUUUACAAGUGCUGAUUAGAUGUGUAUUAAUAAGGCCUAAGUCAAAAUACAGACACUUAUGUUGUGUUAUUUUGAAGAUAGAAGAAUCAAAGCUGAAAUUUGAGUGACAUAACAGUGAUUGUCAAAACCCUUUGGACAAAAUGAGAUCUUGAAUAAAAAUCCACCAUAGUAUUUGAGAAUUAUAGAGUAAAAAGAUGAGUGUGGGAGUUGGAAUUUAAAAAGCUCUGUGAUGUUAGUAAAAACACAAACAGAUGACGGCCAUUUUCUUGGCAUGUCUCAACAUUAACAUUUGAGCCCUGGGCAUUACUGAUAAUUUUAUAAUGUUCUUUUCAUUUUACAACACUUUUCUAGAAGUAACCUUGGUAGAAAAUGUUUUGUGUUUUUUGUCUGUACCCUUUCAGGGACUGGUUCCUGGUAGCAGCCUGUAGUUGGGUAAUAGUUUAAUGAAUUAUAGCAUACUUUACUUGUACCAUUAGGAAUUGUCUUAAAGGACAGGCUCCUGUUUUAUCAGUAUUUUCAUCGAGGAGGUUUUUUGAGAAGAGUUAUGCAGAGAUAUGUGUGUAUGAUCCAGGAAAAUCCAAACAUGUUGAAGAAUUGUCUUUUUUUUCAUGGUUGGGAUUCAAUUAGAGUAUGUUUAAACACAUUGUUAGCUAGGCAGAUGUAUUUUCACGAUAGAUGCAGACCUACCAAUCACUUGUUGAUUUAUCACAUUUGUACAACUUAAUUUACAUGUUCUCUGUAUGGAGAUUUAAAGAAAGGUGUAUUGAUGUUGCUUACUGAUGUCAUCAGCACAAUGCUGGGUAGGAAAUAGUUCAACACCAAUAUUUUUUUAAAUAAUCAUUUGUUUUAAUGUGCGGUAGUUUUUGUAUAAGGAAUUACAUUUUUAAAAUCAACUGAUCAAUUUACAAAGGCAAUUGAUAUGAUAUGUUAUACACAGAAAUAUGUUGCAUUGCAAAGCUAUUGCUGCUAGUUUGGGAUGUGUAGAUUGUAUUGAACCUUCAAGAGUCUCCGUUAUCGACAGAAACGUAUUAAUAGAAGUAAGAAGGAGCAACCGUACAGAUGUAGGAUCUUUAUUUGAUCACUCUUUUGUUGUUGAGAAUGUCCCUGCGUAGCAGGAAAUGCAAACUUGUAGUGUAUUUUAGUUUUAAAAAGGCUUCUAAAGUGUGUCUAUCAACCCCUAUAAAAAUGUAGAUUAAUUUACAUUUCUUGUUGCUGCAGGAUUAUUUUCCUGCAACUGGCUAAAAUGAAGAUCUUACAUCUGUAACAAUGCAUCCCUGUGGGGUGAACUGUACUUCUAUUUGUAUUGGACAGGUAGAAGAGGAAAGAAACAGUGGAGGGUUUGGCGGAUGGGUUUUCCUGGACAGUAGGUUUGAGAAAUUGGCAUUGUGUUGAGGGAUAAAAGUAUAAGAAAAGAGAUGGAUUCAGCUGGUUCGUUUUUACUAGUGUCUUCUCGAUUGAUUUAGAAUUCGACUCCAACAGAUUGUUCACAUCUAGCAGAUUUUAGCUGCACGUUUACCAAUUGCAAACCGUACAGAACCUUAUUUAAAGGGAGAAGACUGAUUGUGUUUAUGAAGUCUAACUUUGAAAGUGUUGAGGAAAGUAUUUGGAAAGUGGAACAGUGUGUGAGCAAGUGUCAAUGGUAAACGAGAUGUAGAAAGUAUUUUUCUCUCACUUUCUCCAUGUCUGGUGUCUCUCUAGACUGUCAUCUGGUAUCUCGCUGGUGUCUCUGUCAUCUAAACUGCAGUUGAGAGAUUAAGGGUGGAAAUAUGUGGCUGGGAAAUGGAGUUUCUCUGUAUGAUCUUUAUUCAGAUUUCCGGCCCUUACAGCGUAUAGUUCCUUCUCUCCUCAUGUUUCUGUAUCGUAUUAACUUGCAUCUCUAACCUAGCCUGUGAAAUGAGUGACUUUCUUGCUAUGGUAAUUCUAACACACAAUAAAAAACAUUUCUGUUGAUUUAAAUACUGAGUAUAGUGGAAUUACAUAGUUGAAGUUUACUUAUGUUUGUACAAAUUGCAACAAAAAUUUUUUUUUUUGAUCUUGUUUAACUUUGUUAUUCCUUAACCUUGCACCUUUUCACCGUCCUUACCUUCUUCAAAAUAUGACCUUUCAAUGUCAAUCUAGCUAUAUGAGAAUGGGAUCCAGUUGUAAAAGGCGAAAGAAAAAUGAUGCUGUGGUGACUAUUCAGGAUCUUAUAUUCCGGAUGCCUCUGUUAGUAGGAUUGUCUUAAAUACGUGUUUAAGAACAAAACAAUUGCCUCUGCCACUACUUUUAUUUCCGUCUUUUAAUUUGUUUUGUUAUAUCAUUUUUUUGUUACUUCAUCUGUAGCUUUUUUCUCUUUAAAACAGCUGUGUCUUUCCGAGACACAACAAUCAUGGUCACAGUAUAAAACCUUACAAAUACACACACAUUCCUGAUACCACUGUUAUUGUAUUUCUUUCAAAUGAAUACUUCAAUAAACAUGUUAAUCACUAUA